CUAGUCCAAGCAUCCAUCCCUACAAAACAGCCACGCAUCUCUCGAUCCAUUCCUCCUCGCUGUCCCGUUAUAGCAGUGGCAAGUUCCAGCCCUUCCUGAAUUCUCUCGCACUCGGUGACUCACUGACUCUGUUCAUCCGUUUCUUUCUUGGCCUUGCGAGACCACUCCUUGGGCCAAUGGGGAACAGGCCACAAGACCUGUACUACGAGAUCCUGCACGUCGCCAAGGACGCCUCCCCGCAGGGGGUCCGGGCGGCGUACAAGAGCCUCGCGCGGCAGUGGCACCCCGACAAGCACCCGCCGGCGUCCAGGCCCGAGGCCGAGGCCCGAUUCAAGGCCAUCACCGAGGCCUACGAGGCGCUGCUGGAUCAGCAGGAGAACAGGGCGGCGUCCGCUGCGCCCGCGCGCGACGGCGGGAGGUGUAGGCCCGCCGAGAAGGACCGCGGCGGCGGCGCGGCAGUAGCGAGAGCGCAGACCGAGAAGACCGUCGCGGCAGGGAGCGCGCCCUGCACGCCGGCGAGGGAGCCGGCCAAGAAGGUGUACAGCUCCUGCAGCAACGUCGCGGGCGGCGGCCGUCGCGCGUUCGCGGAGUUCUCUAGCUACGUGGUGCGCAAGGCGCCGCCGCUGGAGCGCAAGGUGGAGUGCACCCUCGAGGAGCUCUGCAGCGGGUGCAAGAAGGAGGUCAGGUACACCCGCGACGUCGUCGCCAAAAACGGACUGAUCACCAAGAAGGAGGUAACACAGACCAUCCGGGUGAAGCCCGGGUGGAGGAAAGGCGCGACGGUGACACUAGAGGGCAUGGGCGACGAGCGCCCGGGCUGCCUGGCGGGUGACGCCGUGUUCGUCGUGUCGGAGAAGAGGCACAAGCGGUUCAAGAGGCUCGGCGACGACCUGGUGCUCAGGGCCCAGGUGCCGCUGGUGAGCGCGCUGACCGGGUGGUCGCUCUCGUUCAGGCUGCUCGGCGGCGAGAAGCUGCGCUGCUCGUUCCGCGACGAGGUCAUCUGCCCCGGGUACGUGAAGGUCGUGAAGGGCAGAGGCAUGCCCGUCGCGGGCGGCGAGAAGGGCGCGCGCGGGGACCUGAGGGUGAAGCUUGAUGUCGUCUUCCCCGAGAACCUCACCGACGAGCAGCGGCAGGGGCUCGCCGAGAUCCUGAGAGGCUGCGCCUGAUGCUCCUGAUCGUUUGAUGCUACGUUCUGUGACGACUUCUUGUCGUGUAAAAUUUUGUUAAUACACGGAACAGGAUUUGAGAGCAU